AGAAGAAGCCGCUGCUGUCAACUGAGCGGAAGUAUGAGGCAUGAGCUGAAAAAUUUAGGAGUUCUAGUUGUUGUGUUUUUGUUUAUUGUGUAAAAGUUGGUUUCAAGUGUCCCAGUUUCGUAUCGUCGGCACGUCUGACUGAUGUGGCUAAGUGCUGCCGCUGCCACUGCUUUCGUCGCUGUUUGUGCUUAUUACAUGAACUUUGACAACCAGCUUAGAGGAGAAGAAGAAGAAGGCAGGUCGGUGUUGUCCGCAUGCCCUUCUUUACUACAACUUUAUUCACAAGGCUUAUUAUUAGAAGCAUGUCGUCCGCUCUUCGGCGUCACGUCAUCUGGGAGUCAGAUGGGCUGGUAGCCUACCUUCACCCUUGGCCCUGGACCCCGGGCUCUGUCAUCCUGGAGAGCAGCACCCCCGGGACCCAAGGAGGCAGCAUUUUCCACCUGGGGGAGCCAGAGUACUUGUCCUGGCUGCUUGGGGCGAGAGCUGUGGCAGAGCUGCUUUGUGACAGGCUGGGAGUUCAGAGGUGUGCGCUGGUCAGCAGACCCCACAGAGAUAGACCUGCUCAGAUCCGUAUCCUCCCCCUGUGUGGUCUGGAUGCAGAGUGGCGCCCUCAUCUGGCUGGGGAAGAAGAGCACAACGCCCAUGACCCGGGAUACUGCACUUCCAGGACUGCCCCACGAUGGAGUGACUCCAGUCUGACUGAAAUCCAGACCAGGAUUCGAGCCAAACUGCCGCUGCCUGAUGCCCCCCCUGAUCUGACCUUCCUCGGGGACGAUCCGGCUCACCCUUCCCUGUUCUCACGUAUUGUUCGUGGUGAGGAGCAGCAGUGGCGCGUGUGGGAGGACAAAGGUCAUGUGGCUUUUCUCACUCCAUUCCCCAACUCCCCUGGAUUCACUGUGUUAGUCCCACGCCGACCUUUGACCUCUGAUAUAUUCAGACUGGAAAAAGAAGAUUACGAGGGACUGGUGCUGGCUGCCAAGAAGGUGUCGCGGCUCCUGGAGGAUGGGUUGGGCGCUUGGGGGGUGGGGCUUAUUUUUGAGGGUUUUGAGAUCGACUACGCUCACGCCAAGCUGAUACCACUAUUCCUCCCGCCAUUGUCAGCGGGUGAAAAUAAACCAGAUAAACCACCGUCUCCCCAGUUUUACCCCACUUACCCGGGAUAUGUGACAUCAGAAGAUGGGCCUGAAGCCAGCUUAGAGAGUCUGAAGAUAAUGCACACUAAAAUCACUCAAAUGUAAUGCUGUUUGAUUCUGACUCUGAUACUGUUUUUACCAAAUAAUCACCAUUCUCUUUAUACAAUCAUGACUGAACGAUUACAUCCGAGCUGGUUAUCUAAGUACUUCUAAGUGACUCUGUUCAUUUUUUGCAAGACAAACAUUUGAUUCAGACAUCAAAUAUCUGAUUAAAGUUUACAAAUUACUCUAAAUUACUUGUUUAUAGAUUUAUUUAGAAGCCAAAAAUGAUCACAUAUUAAAUAAGUUGUUUAAAAUCCAACAAUGUUAAGAUUAAAACAUCAGUGUCGUUGCACACUUGUACAAUUGUACUCUGCCAAAAACCCGUAAACAUGUACAGUUUACCUCAGAAAUACAGAACAAAAAGCUCAGUUAUGUCAUAGCGUCAUUACACUGUGCUAUUUAUGUUCCUGUAUUAAUUAGAUUGUUAUGUGUUUAGUUCGUUUGCUUGCAUAAUCUGUGUGCCCGCUCAUUACACAUCUACUAAUUGGUCCCUCUGUGUGAUUCUGUUGUAAGACUUAAUUAAUAACUUAAUUAAUAAAGUGCUUAAUCGGUGCUCUGUAAUACA